AAAAAAAAAAAAAGAAAUACCUGUUUAAACUAACUACACUAUUGUAGAAUCAAAUCGAAUAAUCCAUUUGCGCACAGGGUCAUUAACCAUUUCUAUGACUCGCUCUCGGCAACAUUGAAUCAUCAAGUCAAAUUAUAUACAGAAUAUCAAAAAUUACAGUCUCAAAAGCAACGACUGAACAAAGUGAGGCAAAAGUACAAAAUGGAAUUGUUGGAUAUUGAAAGGAAAAGACAUCAAGUGAGAAUGAAGAUAGAAGAAGAAAGAACAGCAUUUGAAAAGAUGGAUCAGAGAGAACUAAUUUUAUCAAACUUGGAUACCUUUUUUAAUGAUAUUCAGUCAUUAAAGAUUGAAUAG